AUGGGUAACAAGUAUUGCAAGAAGUUGCACCCAGUUAUAGCACAGGCCAAAGGAGCAUCAAAUGUGUGGAAGAAACUGGUGGCAGUGAGAAAUGAUUUAGAACAUCAUAUAUGGUGCCAAUUGAAAGGAGGUACUUCUAGCUUCUGGUUUGAUAACUGGACAAAACAAGGUGCUUUGUACUUUGUUGAUAAUGCGUUGGCCAUUCAUGAGGAGAUAGAGGUGAAGGAAUUUAUAUCUGAUGGGGAGUGGAAUUUGCAAAAAUUACAGGAAUUUCUUACUGAAGAAACUGUGGAAUACAUACAAGAUACCAUUAGUCCAAAGCUAAUUGAAGCUGAUAAUUAUAAAGCUUUAUGGAUGGGUGAAACAAAUAGAAAAUUUACAGUCAAAAGUGCAUGGGAGGAAACUAGACUAAAGCAAGACAAUCUUGAAGCUUAUCGAUAUAUAUGGUUGAAGGGAUUGCCUAUUAAAAUAAGCUUAUUUUUAUGGAGAGUUUGGAAGAGGUGCAUAGCAACUGAUGACAACCUUAAGAGAAUGCAUAUCAAUAUUGUCUCAAGAUGCUGCAGAUCAUUAUUCUAUGGUGGAAAGCCAAUGCACCUUGAAAGCUACAAGGGAUAUUUCAAGCCAUGCCGGCUAUCAUUAUGUGAGAGAUCUGGAAAAGAAGAAACUCAAUCAAACAUGACAAAAAUACAUCAUAUAGCAGAAUGGUAUACCAGAAUUCCACCAGACUGGCAUGCUGUUAUAGACCUGUUGAGCAACUACAAGCCAAAACUGCAUUACUGCAAGGUUCUAUGGAAAAUGCCACAACAUGGAUUGAAGUGUAACACAGAUGGAGCUUCUUGA